AUGUCAGAGGCAGAGGCCGUGCGUGUGAUCGGCCUAUGGGCGAGCCCGUUCGUGAUCCGCGUCCUCAUCGCGCUGAAGCUGAAGGGCGUCAAGUACGAGCUCGUGGAGGAGGUGGUGGGCAAGAAGAGCGAGCUGCUGCUCAGGUCGAACCCGGUGCACAAGAAGAUCCCCGUCCUGCUCCACCACGGCAAGCCCAUCUCCGAGUCUCUCAUCAUCGUCCAGUACAUCGACGAGGUCUGGUCCUCCGACGCGCCGGCCUUCCUCCACGCCGACCCUUACACCCGUGCGGUCCAGCGGUUCUGGGCACAGUACGUCGAUGACAAGAUUGCCCCGGCAUUCCUUGUCCUGAGAGGGCUCACCAACGGAGACAAGGACGAAGCAGCAGCGCAAGUGUCCACGGCGCUAGAGCAUCUGGAGGAGGCUUUCGUCAAGUGCAGUCAAGGCAAGCACUACUUCGGCGGCGACCGCAUCGGCUUCCUCGACCUCGUUUUCGGCUCACACCUUGGCUGGUUCAGGGCAGUGGAGAAGAUAUCUGGUAUCAAGCUCCUCGAAGAAGAAAAGUACCCUGAAAUCACAGCAUGGGCAGAUCGCUUCUGCACCCACCACGCUGUGAAAGACGUCAUGCCUGAAACCGACAAGCUCGUAGAGUUCAGCACCAAUUCUGCCUUGAAGGCUAAACCUACUACUAAUUAG